AAUACAUUCGUCAUGAACUGUUGGACUCACACUUUAUCAAACUUUUUGUUAGUAGUAUUUUCGUCGCUGCUGCGUACAGAUAAAUAAUUUGAGUGAAUUGUGAUCAACUUGUUUGGAGUAAUAACAGCAAAGUUCUUCACCUUAACCUACGACAAUAAGCCGUUCUCUGCAGCCACUGAGUACGCCUGAGAGUUUGAAAAAACCAAAGACUACAAAAGCCACAAGAAGCUCAAAUAUUUCUAUACAGUCUGCUCUAUCGAUCAACGCUCACCGCAAACAGCGUAAAGCAAUAUGGGCAAUCCAAUCUGGUUUAUUUUUUGGUUUUUAGUUUUUUGGUUCAUUUCUUUCUUUGUGGCUUUCCUUGCAGCAUUCUUAUAUAUAAUACUGUAUGUGCUGGAAGUCAUCUUUAGUGGGCUAUCGGGCAUCAACGGUUUGCUUUUGCAAGGCAUUCAAUUCCCUCAUUACUGCGCUCGAGCCAUGUUGGACUGCAAAUCUCCUUUUUAAAAGUUUAAUUUAGUAAAAAUAAACAUCUUUGUUUUGUUAUCUAAUAUCAUUAGGGUACUAUUAAUUUUUAUGUACGAUGUUUUGACAAGAGAAGUAAGUUACUUCAUAACACCAUCCGUAUUCGAUGCGGUAAAAUCAAUAUGUGGUCACGUUUUCACGAUUUCACGAUUAUAGAACGAUUAUUAAACAUCAGAUUUGGAUCUUUUUUUGGAGUUGUAAAACAAUCUGAACACUAAAGAACACUUUUGAAUAAUUUGUUAAUCCAGCUAAGGAGGUUGCGUUUUGUGAACUCAAAUAAAAGCUUUAUAAAUUUGCUUUAAGAAAGUUUGUUACAGAGGCCAUUUAGUUAAUAAUUUUAAAAUAUAUAUACUUUUUUUCUACAAAAUCUGAAAUGACGUAGAGUA